AUGAUGGCGGGGCUGAAGAGUUACAAUAUAACAUAUAGCUAACAGCGGUGAAUGCCGGCUUUUCCAUGGGCCGAAGUCGCAAGAGCCCGAUCGAAACGAAUAAGUCGUAGUGUUACAUUUGAGGGUCAGUUCCUUCCUAAAGUGAUCUAAUAUAAACGAAGACUUCUGCAUUCGUAAUCUUUCUUUUUGUUCUUACCGUUUGUCCAUCGAUCAAGCUAACUAGAUACCUAGCCUGGCAAGCAAGAUACCCUGCUAGCCAAGUUAGCUAGCUAGAGCUAGCUAGCUAACUAGCUAUAUCGGUCCAAUCUCUUCGUUAAAAUGGCUCCAGUGCAAAUUGCAUCAGAAGGCCAGCUGGUCCCGAUCGGGGGUCCAACGUCGGCACCAAUGGCUGCUCAACCGAGUGUCCCGGCAACGCACGGGGUCCGACUCAGCCUGCUAAUAGAAUUCCUUCUGCAGAGGACCUAUCAUGAAAUUACCUUGCUGGCCGAACUGCUUCCUAGGAAGACGGACAUGGAAAGGAAAAUUGAGAUUGUACAAUUUGCAAGCCGGACUCGACAGAUGUUUGUGCGCCUCCUGGCAUUGGUGAAGUGGGCCAGCAAUGCUGGGAAGGUUGAGAAGUGUGCGAUGAUCUCCAGCUUCCUGGACCAGCAAACCUUCUUGUUUGUGGACACUGCCGACCGGCUGGCGGCCUUGGCGAGGGAUGCCCUGGUUCAUGCCCGCCUGCCCAGCUUCGCUAUCCCCUUUGCCAUAGACGUGCUGACCACCGGAUCCUACCCACGCCUGCCCACCUGUAUCAGAGAUAAAAUCAUCCCCCCGGACCCCAUCACCAGAGGGGAGAAGCAGACCACCCUGAACCAGCUCAGCCAGAUCCUACGCCAUCGCCUCGUCACCACAGACCUGCCCCCCCAACUGGCCAACCUCACCGUGGCCAACGGGCGGGUGAAGUUUCGAGUGGAGGGCGAGUUUGAGGCUACGCUCACUGUGAUGGGGGAUGACCCGGAUAUCCCCUGGAGGUUACUGAAGCUGGAGAUUCUGGUGGAGGACAAAGAGACGGGAGAUGGCCGAGCCCUAGUCCACAGCAUGCAGGUGAACUUCAUCCACGAGCUGGUGCAGUCUCGCCUCUUUGCUGAUGACAAACCACUUCAAGAUAUGUACAACUGCCUGCACUCCUUCUGCCUGUCGCUGCAGCUGGAGGUGUUGCACUCUCAGACUCUAACUCUGGUUCGGGAACGCUGGGGUGACCUCGUCCAGGUGGAACGCUACCUGCCCGCCAAGUGCCUCACCCUCUCCGUUUGGAACCAACAGGUUUUAGGCCGUAAGACAGGCACAGCGUCUGUACACAAGGUCAAUAUCAAGAUUGAUGAAGCUGAUGGCUCCAAACCACUGCAAAUAUCCCAUGAUCCCCCACUUCCUGCUUGUGACUCAAAACUGCUGGAGAGAGCCAUGAAGAUCGACCAUCUGUCAGUGGAGAAACUCCUGAUUGACAGCGUCCAUGCGCGCUCCAAUCAGAAACUGCAGGAGCUGAAAGCCAUCGUGAAGAGCUACAACCCCAACGAGAACUCCUUCAUCGAGACCGCGCUCCCCACUCUGGUCAUUCCUGUCCUGGAACCCUGCGGCCGCUCCGAGUGCCUGCACAUAUUCGUGGAUUUGCAUUCUGGAAUGUUCCAGCCCAUGUUUUAUGGAGUUGAUCAGUCUGUGCUGGAUGACAUGGAAAAGUCCAUCAACGAUGACUCGAAGCGCAUUGGUUCUUGGCUGCAACAGCUGAAAUUUUGGCUUGGGGAGCAGCGGUGCAGGCAGUCGGUGAAGCACCUCCCCACCCUGUGCAGUGACAUCUUGCACCUCUCCAACGCCUCCUCCCACCCUGUGGGGGGCCUGUCCAAGCACCGCCUCUUCAUCAAGCUUACCCGCCUCCCGCAGUACCAUGUUGUGGUAGAGCUGUUGGAUGUACCCGGAAGCCCUACCGAGCUGGACUACAGGUACUACUUCCUGUCAGUGACCCAGGUGGAGGGCGACGAGGGCCUGCCCAGUGCCCAGCUCUUCCAGCAGUUCAAGCCCAACCUGGAGCAGCUGGUGCUGGAGCCCUCAUCAGGCAAGGGUGCCAGGCCAGGGGCCAAGAGGAAGCCGUCUGGGGACCAGGGUGCCGUCGAACCCAAAAAGCCCAAACGAUCUGGGGAGAUGUGCGCCUUCAACAAGGUCCUUGCCCACCUGGUGGCCAUGUGUGACACCAACAUGCCCUUCAUUGGCCUGCGCUGUGAGCUGUCCAACAUGGAUGUCCCUCACCAGGGUGUUCAGGUGGAGGGGGACUGCUGCAGUCAUGCCAUCCGCAUCCUCAGGAUCCCUCGGAGUAAAGGAGUCGGUGUGGAGACCCAGAAGGCUCUAGAGCGCUCCCUGCUGGACUGCACCUUCCGCCUGCAGGGCCGCAACAACCGUACCUGGGUGGCGGAGCUGGUGUUCUCCAACUGCCCCCUCUCCAGCACCUCCAGCAAGGAGCAAGCUUCCACCCGCCGUGUCUAUCUGACCUAUGAGAACCCUCUGUCAGAGCCUGUGGGCGGGCGCAAAGUGGUGCAGAUGUUCCUGAACGACUGGGACAGCAUCAACCGGCUUUACCAGUGUGUGCAGGAUUUUGCUCAGUCCCUGCCAGACAUCCCUUCCUAUCUCAGCCUCUUCGCUGAGAUCCGGCUGUUUAAUUACCGCAAGCUGGUCCUGUGCUACGGCAGCUCCAGGGGGAGUUCGGUCACGAUCCAGUGGAACUCCUCAACUCAGCGGUUCCACAUCUCUCUCGGCACGGUGGGGCCCAACUCCGGCUGCAGCAACUGCCACAACAUCAUCCUGCACCAGCUGCAAGAAAUGUUCAACAAGACUCCCACAGUGUUGCAGUUGCUGCAGGUGCUGUCGGAUACCCAGGCCCCUCUCAAUGCCAUCAACAAGCUGCCCACAGUGCCGAUGCUGGGCCUGACCCAGAGGACCAACACGGCCUACCAGUGCUUCUCCAUCCUGCCACAGUCGCCCACCCACAUCCGGCUGGCCUUCCGCAACAUGUACUGCAUCGACAUCUACUGCCGCAGCCGGGGCGUGGUGGCCAUCCGCGACGGCGCCUACAGCCUCUUCGACAACACCAAGAUCGUGGAGGGCUUCUACCCAGCUCCAGGACUCAAGACCUUCCUGAACAUGUUUGUGGACAGCAACCAGGAUGCACGAAGACGCUCCAUUAACGAGGAUGACAACCCGCCCUCUCCUGUGGGCGGGGACUCCGUGGACUUGAUGUACCAGCUGCAGCCCCAGCAGUUUGUGAAGCAGCAGGCAGGGGCCGGAGUGUACCCUCCCCUCACCUCCCCGCCUGCCCCAUACCAUGCCAACGUGGCACCCUCACCUACCAUGAUGCCCACGCAGUCUCCAGGAGCUCUGGACCCCAGCUCUCCUUAUGCCAUGGUCUCACCCAGCCAGCGCCCUGGCACCUGGCCCGGGUCGCCACAGGUUCCUGGCCCUUCCCCUGGGGCACGGAUCCACGGGAUGUCGCCAGGAAACCCCUCGCUUCACUCCCCCAUUCCGGAUGUCUCACACUCUCCACGCGCUGGGACCAGCUCCCAAGCAAUGUCAUCCAACAUGGCACCCCAUCGUAGGCUACCUCAGCGCUCUUGGGCGGCCUCCAUCCCCACUGUGCUUACCCACAGUGCCUUGCAUGUGCUACUACUGCCGUCUCCCACACCUUGCCUGGUGCCCGGGCUGGCCGCCAGCUACCUGUGCUCCCCACUGGAGCGGUUCCUUGGCUCCGUUAUCAUGAGGAGACACCUGCAGAGGAUCAUCCAGCAGGAGCCCAACCUCAACAUCCUUACCUCCAAUGAGCCUGGCGUCAUCAAUUUUAAGACCGAUGCACUGAAGUGCAGGGUGGCACUGAACCCCAAGACUUACCAGACCCUGCAGUUGAAGGUGACCCCUGAAAAUGUGGGCCCAUGGUCCCAGGAGGAGUUGCAGGUGCUGGAGAAGUUCUUUGAGACAAGGGUGGCUGGCCCUCCAUUUAAGUACAACACGCUAAAUGCCUUCACUAAGCUUCUGGGCGCGCCCACCAACAUUCUCAGAGACUGUGUCCGCAUCAUGAAGCUGGAGCUGUCCCCAGACCAGGCGGCCCAGCUCAAAUGGAACGUGCAGUUCUGCUUAACCAUUCCCCCCAGCGCCCCGCCCAUUGCACCCCCGGGAACUAUAGCUGUGGUGCUCAAAUCCAAGAUGCUGUUCUUUCUCCAGCUGACCCAGCGGCUGGUAGCGCCCCAGGAGCCCAUGAGCAUCAUAGUGCCCAUCGUGUACGACAUGGCCACAGGGCUGACCCAGCAGGCAGACAUACCGCGUCAGCACAGCUCCUCUGGGGCGGCUGCUCUCAUGGUCAGCACCAUCCUCAGGAGGUUCAACGAAGUGCACCCGCCCCGCCAGGGUGAAUGCACAAUAUUUGCUUCUGUUCAUGAUCUCAUGGCCAACCUCACACUGUCCCCUGGUGGACGUCCAUAGAUUGACCUCCAUUUCUCCGAAGCAGCUCUGGACAUUGUAUGCACUGGUUACAAAUUAGGCGGUCAAGUCAAGAAACCUUUCAACUGCAGCUAUAGGAUUCGCUUAUCCCAGGUGUACACCAUUCAUCAGAAAUGGAAAGAGAGUGGACUGUGAUCAGCGAUCAAACCUUUUGUUUUUCUAUACAAAUACAUUUUGUAAUAUUUAAAGAGGCAAUCAAGGACCUCUUGAAUUUGCAAGCGGUAAAUCUCUUUGAAGUAAAUGAGAAUUGUAUUUUUCAGACUUAUUUCUUUCAUUGGGAAAAGGUAAUAAGCCAGUGAGUUUGAGGUUUGUAUACCUACAGCUGUACAUUUGUAUAUUACAGUGUUUUAAAAAGAAUACAGAUGAUGUUUUGCAAGAAACUUUAUUCAGAUUCAUUUUUAUACCAAUACUAUUGAGGAAUUGGAGCAGUUUUCUUUCUUAAUGUUGUCAGUAAAUAUCCUUUCUUUCUGAUGUCAUGACAGAAAUUAAACACUUUUCUGUUAAGGCUGUCAAUUUUAUUACUAUAAAUCCGCAUUUAUAAGCAUUGUUUUAUUAUGGUUGCCUAUGAGGGCUAAAGCAAGAAUCUAAGACUGAUUGUCUGUCUUGAAGCACUAUUUAAUAAACCUAUAAACUAAAACGA